UUUUCCCCAAUCGCCAAACCCCAUGGAAGAGCUCGCCGGCGACAGCCGCGCUGCCGAUCCGCCGUCCCUACCGGACGACCUCCUGGUGGAGAUCCUGCUGCGCCUCCCGCCGGAGCCCAUCUACCUCUUCCGCGCCUCCUUCGUCUCCAAGCACUGGCGCUGCCUCGUCCACGACGCCCGCUUCCUCCGCCGCUUCCGCGAGCUCCACGGGAGGACGCCUCCGGUGCUCGGCUUCUUCCACCCGCGAGGUCCUCCGCUCUUCGUCCCCACCUCGACCGGCUUCGCGCUCUCCACCGCCACGAUUACGUGCCACGACGACUGGUGGCUCUACGACUGCCGCCACGGCCGCGCCCUCCUGGACAGCUACCGCACCGGCACCCUCCUCGUCUGGGACCUCAUGACCGGCGACGAGCGCUACGUGCCGCUCCCCGCACAGGCCUGUCUAGGGAGCAUGGAGUUCAACGGCGCUGUUCUCUCCGCGGCUGGCCACGCCGGCUGCCAUUCGUGCCCGUUCCUCGUGGCUUUCGUGUUCAGUCACCAGGUUGAUUUCGUCACCUCUGCCUGCGUCUACUCGUCCGAGACCGGUGCCUGGGGUGAGAUCGCUUCCAUUCAUGCACCAUAUUGCUUAAUUGAUACAAAGCCGGCGGCUCUGAUUGGAAACAAGCCCUACUGGCUGCUGGAAAACACUAGCAUCAUCGAGUUUGAUUUGGAUAAGAAUAGUUUGGAUUUCGUCGAGGAGGUGCCACGGGACUACGAUCAGAUUAUCAUCAUGCCAGCAGAGGAUGGACUUCUUGGUUUCGCCGGAGUUGAUGGAUUCUGUCUCCAUUUGUGGUCAAAGGUUGCUGGCAUUGAUGGUGUGGCAACAUGGACACGUAUCAGGGUCAUUGACAUGGAGAAGCUUCUUGCGCCAGAAGUCGUGGCGGCGUGUGUGGUUGGAGGAUUUGGAGUGGACCCAAUUGGUUAUGCUGAAGAUGCUGAUGUGAUCUUCGUUGAUGUGUAUCCUAGCUUCUACAUGAUCCAUCUCAAGUCCCUGAAGAUCGAGGAGGUGUCAGCGAAAAGGAUCUGCAGUCACAUUUUUCCUUAUGCUAGUUUCUAUGCUCCAGGAAUUAUGAGUGGUGGUGGAGAUGAUCAAGACGAACUGUUGAACAUCAACUGAGAUGAUUGUGAUGUCACAUCUGACAUGAUGCCUAAUUCGUUAAAGAGGCCGCUCAAUCUCUUGGUCGGUGUCGUGUUGAUGUGGUAAAUAUCAGGCGCUCAAUGUAGCUGGAAACAAACUAUUUCUAGUGCCAAGCGUGGCAUCACCUUCGCAAAACGUGACGGAAUUGAUCACGUGAGUGACUUCUCUUGAUAUGAUCCAAACGCAAUGGUGGGUGGUAAAAUUUACUUCAUGUGAAAUAUUGUGCUCCCUCCAUUCCAUGAUUCUUGCCGUGGCUUUAGUUUAAAUUUGAACUAAAACCACAGCUAGAAUUAUGGAAGGGAGAGGGUGUACUUUACAAAUUGCCCUUUUCAGCUAGAGUUGCAAUUUUGGAAUUUAUUCUCGGUUAGUUGACGGAGACUUAGCAAAACUCCUAUAAACAUGUAUCUGCCUACCGCCUGGAGUAUUUGUUGAAGGCUAGAUCACUAUUUAUUUUUUAGCUUG